CCUCAAAGGCGGCGCGUGAUUAUGACGGGCGAUUAUACAGCUGUUUAUAUAUAACUAUUAAUAUCAUUGACGAUCAUCGUAAACCAUAAAUACACGCCCUAGCUAUAUUUCCCGUUAAAAAAAUAAAUUAAUGGAAAACACCAAGUGGAUAGCUACGGUGGCGAGCAUAUGGAUCCAGUGCUCCUGCGGUGCCUCCUACGCCUUCGGAAUCUACUCCGCCGUCCUCAAAUCCAGCCAAGGUUACGAUCAAUCCACUCUCGACACCGUCUCCGUCUUCAAAGACAUCGGCGCUAAUAUAGGAAUUUUAUCCGGCCUCCUUUACCAUGCCGUCAUGGUUAACCAGAGCCGUUCACGGCCGUCGUCGUCUCGUUUUGGAUCCGGACUAUCGCUGGUGUACUUGGCCGGUGCGGUUCAGUGCUUCGCCGGUUACUUUCUUAUGUGGUUAUCCGUCACCGGAGUGAUCGAGAGGCCUCCUGUGCCGGUGAUGUGCCUCUUCAUGUUCAUGGGGGCACACGCGCAGACUUUCUUCAACACCGGAAACGUUGUCGUGGCGAUUCAGAAUUUCCCAGAUUACAGUGGGACCACCGUCGGCAUUAUGAAGGGUUUUCUUGGUCUAAGUGGAGCAAUACUAAUCCAAAUCUACCAGAUGCUCUUCGCCGGCAAACCAACCACCUUCCUGCUCAUGAUCGCCGUCUUUCCGACACUGGUCUCACUCCUACUCAUGUCUCUGGUUCACAUAAACCCUUCCGACACCACCAACGACAGCCACCACCUGAACGCCUUCUCCUUCAUCGCCGUCGCCACCGCCGCCUACAUAAUGAUCAUACUCAUCUUCCAAAAUCUCUUCCUUUUCCCACCAUGGGCUCACAUUCUAACCACUCUCCUCCUCCUGCUUAUCCUUUCAUCGCCACUUCACGUCGCACUCAAAGCUCAAACAAACGAACCACCGGUGCAGACCACCACGGCUCCAUUGAUCGUUGCUUCUUCAGAGGUUCAUGAUCAGGGUGCAAGUGCAUUGGUUGAAAUGAAUCUGUUACAAGCCAUGGGAACCAUCAACUUCUGGCUCCUGUUUAUAGCCAUGGUUUGUGGGAUGGGGUCAGGGUUAGCCACCAUCAACAACAUAACUCAAAUUGGCGAGUCUCUUGAUUACUCGACAAUCGAGAUCAAUACAAUGGUUUCUCUAUGGAGUAUAUGGAACUUUCUGGGCAGGUUUGGUGGUGGUUAUGUGUCGGAUUUGUUCCUCCACCGCCACGGCUGGGGGCGGCCGUUUUUUAUCUCGCUUACACAAGCGGCAAUGGUUGCUGGCCAUUUGAUCAUUGGCUCCGGUGGGAGUUUGUACAUCGGUUCCGUGAUCGUGGGUGUUUGCUACGGAGCACAGUGGUCUUUGAUGCCAACAAUCACGUCGGAAAUCUUUGGGGUGAAACAUAUGGGGACGAUCUUUAACACCAUCGCGGCAGCUAACCCUGUUGGCUCGUAUAUACUAUCCGUGCAAGUGAUUGGGAAAAUUUACGACAAGGAAACGGAAGCGGGCGGAGGUUCGUGCCACGGGAUUCAUUGCUUUAUGGUUUCGUAUUUUGUGUUUUCCGGGGUUUGUGUUUUCGGGUUUUUGGUUUCGUUGAUGUUGUUUUUUCGGACGAGGGGAUUUUAUGGGUUGAUUUUGCAAAGACGGGGAAAGCAGUUUCGAGUAUAGCGAGGAUGAACCGGUGGACGGGUUUUAUAAUACAAAUCCGUAAAGCAAAAAGGCAUCAUCGCGUUUCAAGCCACCGGGGGCUAUUACGAUUGAGUAUAUGGUUUUUAAACAUUUAUUUUAAUUCCGUUACAUAAAUAUCGAAAAUGUAUAUUUUAUUCAUUUUUACACAAUAUAAGUCAUGCUUGUACAAUAAAAA